AAACGCUGGGUGAAAGGUCUUUGGGUAGGCCGGCUGGAGCGCGACAACACCAAUAUCAUCCUCACAGAGGCUGGUGCCUUGACUGUGCGGUUGCGGGAAGCGCCGCCCCAGCGCAGCGAAGUGGUUGUUCUCCCGGCACCGCCGCGCAGAAACGACGAGCACAAGCGAGUGUACGAGGAAGACCGGUCGCGGCAGCCACCCGAGUUGGCCCACAACGACAUGGAGGACAUGCUAGCCGAUCUCGGCGAGGGCGCGGGCGCAGCCGCCAGCAGUGCACCGCCACCACCGGCAGCCAGCGCGGGCAGAACCGCCGUGAAGGCACCAAGGGUCGGAGCGAUCCUUGCCGAGGACCUUUGGAACAAAAUCCAGGAGUGGGGCAAACUCGGAAAAACCGGGCAAUCCGUUUGCAGAGCAAAGGUUCGCAACGGAAAAAACAGGGUUCUAGACCCGAAGCUCGUGAAGGAAGCGAGCGAAGCUCAGCUGCGCAAGCUGUGGAAGCUUGAGGCGUUUGCGCCGAUGGCCCGACGAACCGUCCCCAGAGGGUCACACGUUUUCCACCACACGUGGGUAAACGAGGCCAAAGGAGGCGUUUACAAGUCGCGCUUCACGUGUGCCGAUGUCAAGCACGGGUACACCGCCGAAGAGGAACCAUACCUCAAGGUGUUUGUGCCAACUCCGAUUCCUGAGGCACACAGCCUCCUGGAAGUCCGAGCGUUGCAGCACGGCCAUGCAAAGCGGAGGUCUGACAUCGUAGCCGCAUUCCUCAUCGGACAAGACCGGGGAGCGCAGACGGGUGAGUAUGUCCACAUGCGUGCACCGCCCGAAUGGAAAUCCAUCUAUGAAGAGUGGGUGCAGGAACUUCCGCCAGCCCAAAGGAUACCAUUCGAAGACGUGGUGUUCCGGCUGGACGGGAAUCUGUACGGCAGACAUACAGCAGGCUCGCUCUACCGAGACGAGCUUGCGGAAAUCCUUCGCGGCAAGCUGAAGAAGACAGGCAGGUACGACCUUCAUCGAGAAGUCAAAAAACUGUGCAUGAAAACAGGCCUGACAGUGGUCCACCACACAGAUGAUGGACGCCGUGCGGGCAAAAGCGCCCUCCUUGACAAGCUGCUGGACGAGGACCUCCCGCAGCACUGCGAGAUCACGUCUGCCUGGAGCCAUCCUUACGGCACCAGAUCCAGAACCGCACAGGGGGAUGUUCGGGGCCAGUGCAAUGUACGGUUCCAGUAUGCGCUCCCUCGAAUGUUUUGUCAAUUGGAUGCAUGA